GAAGCCGGUUUUUUGAAAAGCUGAGGGGGAACACAUCUACAAAAAGACUCAUCUGAGGGUGAUACUCUGCCAUUCCUUCGAUAUGAAAGGCACACUGUUGAUUGGAUUCAUUACUGUAAUUAUUUUUGAACACUCUGUUGCUCAAAAUUGUGGAGCGACUCGGUACGGAAAUGCAAGUGAGAGAAUUGUAGGCGGACGCUUAGCAUAUAGUGGGGAAUUCCCUUGGCAGGUUUCACUCGAGUUGGAUCAUCCACAAAGAGGAAACAUUCCACAUUUUUGCGGAGGAGUAUUAAUUGAUAAACAAUGGCUGCUCACUGCUGCACAUUGUGUUGUAAAUCCCCAAUUCGUUUUGCCGCAUCCAACCUACUGGAAAGCUCGAGUUGGUGAACAAAAUUUGAAAGAACAAGAUGCAAGCGAGAAAAAGAUCGCAAUAAGUCAAGUUUUUUAUUAUCCAUGGUACCAUGGCUAUGAUAACGACAUAGCUUUGAUGCAACUGUCGGAACCAGUACCGGAAAGUCCUAAUAUCAAGCCGAUUUGUUUGCCAACGGAAACAGACAAUUUUAGUAAUAUGGUGUGUACUGCAAGUGGAUGGGGAAAGGUCGAUUUCUCGUCGAAAGCAUCUGAAGACCUUCGAGCAGUCGGCAUUCAAGUGUUUGACAAUAGCCAAUGUAAUGUUUACACUACACAUUUCCGCAUUCCUAUUCAAGCAUGGCAUCUGUGUGCCGGUACUUUAGAAGGCGGCAAAGGAACAUGCCAGGGUGAUUCUGGUGGUCCUUUGGCUUGUCAAACUGCAAGAGGUUGGGUUUUAGCUGGACUUACUUCUUUUGGAUCAGGCUGCGCAAAACGUGGUUUUCCUGAUGUCUACUCAAGAGUAUCCCACUUUUUGUCAUGGAUCAAACAAAUGCGAGGAUACUGAAAUGUCUUCUCUAAAAUUAUUUCAUUAUUUAUUUAUUAUUUUUACAUUUUGGGUCCAACAUUCAUCUGCUCUCUAUAAAAAGAACGAAGUAAUAAGCGUGCUCUUCUAUAUCAAUGUAUGGUGGUUUUAUGUGCUGUAUUUCGUCCCAAGAAAGUUAACAUGCAAUAUUCAUAUGAAUUCCACUACGUUGUCUAAAAAUCACUAAAGGUAAAACAGUUUUUAAAGAAAUUUGGAUAGUAUGUUUCAGUGAGUGAAAAUACUAUGUUUUACUAAAAUGCAGAAGUAAGGUAAAUAAAUGAAUUUUGAAUUA